AUGAUGUCCUCAUUCGCUAUCGUGUGUGUCGCAAAGCAAAGCGCUCGCAUUUUGUGCGUGAAUAAUCCGACAAUGUUGAAGUUUAAAUCUGCACACCGUCGACUUCUGGAAGUUUUGAUGCUAGAUUUUAUGCGAAGCUCCAAAAAAGUAUUGGGCAUCGUCGUGGCAUCUCGCUUGUUUAGUGAUACUUUUGAAGAGGUGAAGUCUUAUACUGGUCGCGUCCCGAAGGUUCUCUUCUCGGGUUGUCGACAGCCGUGCAAAUGUUUCAAAACAGAGAAGCUUCUGAAUCAUGUCGAUGCCAUUUGA